AUGCCGUCCAUUCUGUCGGACGAGGAUAAGGAGACAGUCAAGCGUCAGGUUCCGAAGCAAUCGAACAAGAUCCAGGCCGUCGCAGUUGCCCGGCUUUAUAUCGCGUACCCGAAUCGCCAAAGAUGGACAUAUACAGGUUUGCAAGGAGCCGCAGUGCUUGCAAAUGACUUAGUAGGAAAUACUUACUGGUUGAAACUGGUGGACGUUUCUCCAGCACAGCGAGGAGUAAUAUGGGAUCAGGAAAUAUACGAUUCGUGGUCCUACAACCAGGACCGGACCUUCUUUCAUACCUUCGAGACCGAGGAUUGUUUAGCUGGAUUGUCCUUUGUAGAUGAGAAGGAAGCAAAGACUUUCUUAAAGAAGAUGAACGAUCGAGAAAAGAAUGCGAGCAAAGCGACAAAAUCGAACCCGUUCGGCGGCGGCGGAGGGCAGACUGGUCAUGCUCGACAUGGAUUAUUGGGAGGAUUGUUCGGUGGACAUAGACACUCUUCGGCGCCUUCGAUACAACCUCAACCCACACCCCCAGACUCACCAAGUUACGUCCUCCCACCUGUUGCGUCAGUUCAUCGGAAUUCUGUAGGACACCAGAGUGCGCCAAAAUCACAGUUCGCGGCUUUGGAUGCGAUUGACCCCAACUGGCGGGAAACCUGGGGAGGUGAUUUAAAGCAAAUGGGUAUAACGGACGACCUCAUUCGAGACAACCAGGACUUUAUUGCGGAUUAUAUCAAGCAGCAACAGGCUGCUCAGGCUGUAUCUGCGCCAGCGAAUGGUGUUGAAAACCAAAGAGCUAAAGCCCCUCCACCUCCACCGCCUACUACCGCUCCACGGCCUCGUUCGAACAGUCCUCAAAAUGCACCCGCGCCAACAGGCCGCGGGAGAGGAGCACCUCCUGCACCACCACCAGCGAGAAGGUCAAUUGCAAAGGAGCCUGCGCGAGAGCCAACCCCCCCUCGGGAACCAUCACCACCACGCGGGCCACCUCCACCAAGAUUUGCCGCACCACCGCCCUUUGCAGAUGCUGGUAAACUCGCCCAUACCAACACUCGACCUACAGCUGCGUCGAGAGUGCAUGCCGGGUCUAUUUCAAAUCCAGGACCACCUCCUCCGCCAAGGCCCCCGAAGACACCUGUGGACGACUCCUAUGAGCCGGGGGAAUCUGGAUCACGGUUUGGUGUCCCUCCACCUUUUAUGGGAGAAAGAAUACAGGAAAGAAAGCCUGUCGCUCCUCCAACUCCAAAUCGUGGGCCGGUACCACCACCUCCACCACAGCGAGAUACUCCAUCGAAUCCUUAUUCUCAUGCUGUUCCACCUACCAAUGGGCUUCCUCCUCCGCCACUCCCUCCAAAAACGCCAUCUGGCCCAUCCGGUGCGCCGCCUCCAUUACCACCAGCCUCCACUCGACCAGUCCCUCCACCCCCAUCAAGAGACAGUGGUCCUCCACCACCACUCCCUCAGACAAAUGCUCCCCCACCUCCUCCUUUACCUCAAUCAAACGCUCCUCCGCCACCUCCAUUGCCUCAUGGAAACGGUCCUCCAGCGCCUCCUCCACCACCACCCCCUCCAGGUGGGUUUGGCGCGCCAGGAGGUGCUCCGCCGCCCCCUCCACCUCCUCCACCGGGUGCUGGCAUUCCUGUCCCACCUCCACCACCACCAAACCGCGAUUCUGGUUAUCAAUCCGGUGUACCUGCUUUACCUCAGCCCACGGGGGAGCGUGCUGGAUUGCUUGCCGGUAUCCAAAGCGCAGGAGGUAUAGCUUCGCUAAAGAAAGUACCAAAAGAACAAGUCAGAGAUAGAAGUAGUGCUCUUCCUGGUUCGGACACAGGACCUGCUGGCAGCGGCCUGCCACCAUCUGGUGCCGGUGCUGGUCUCGCGGCUGGUGCAGCAGCUGGUGGAAUGGCUGGAGCUUUGGCUAUGGCUUUAGCACAGAGGAAUAAGAAAGUUAGCGGUAGUGAUGACGAAGAUGAAGAAGAAGACUGGUGA